AUGCAGUGGAAGCUCACCAUAGUAGCACUACUAGUGCAACAUGUUUCUAGCCAGGCGAUAGCACCUAUGCUACGAUUCAGCUGUUCGCAACUCGUCGUGGAUCGGUUAGACCCCCUCGUAAAUCCAGGCGUCGUCCCAUCACCACACCUCCAUCAAAUCGUCGGCGGGAACUCCUUCCAGCCAUCCAUGGACCACGCAACUCACGAUCUUGUCGCAGAUUCCACUUGCACCAGCUGCACAUUUUCGGAAGAUUUCUCCAAUUACUGGACUGCCGUUCUCUACUUUCGAGCUCGUAACGGAACGUUCAAGCGAGUACCUCAACUCGCUGAAGAGGGUCUGCGAGCAAAUGGUGGUAUUACGGUAUAUUAUAUACCGUCGACAAACAGCAACUUGACAGUCACUGCUUUCAGACCUGGGUUUCGGAUGCUUGUUGGAGACGCCUCGCUGAAAACGCCAGGUACCGCGCACAAGGUGUGCCAUCGCUGCAUGCCACUUACAGGAGACAAUAGCAAUAUCAAUUGCGGAGCUCCAGAUGCUCAGACACUUCCAGAUAAGCCCUGCGUCGGAGGCAUACGGUCAAUCAUCACCUUCCCUACUUGCUGGGAUGGUAAGAAUUUGGACAGUCCAGACCACGAGAGCCAUGUCACGUACGGAAUAGGAUCAAAGGCGAACGAUGUAGGUCCGACUGGAACUUGUCCGGACACUCAUCCUGUGGUCUUACCGCAGUUGAUGUAUGAAGUAUUGUGGGAUACUCGAUCGUUCACCAAGGACCUCUGGCCUGAAGAUGGCUCCCAGCCGUUUGUGUGGAGCACUGGCGAUAGCAAGGGGUAUUCACAGCACGGAGACUACGUCUUUGGCUGGAAAGAUGAUUCUCUUCAACGUGCAAUGGACACCAGAUGUACGGGUGAUGUUUGCACAGUUCUGAAAAGUCAAACGUCGGAUGACGCAAUGAAAUGCACCAAGACGCAGGUGGUGCAUGAUGAAAUUGAUGGAUGGUUGACUACACUUCCGGGCAAUCGAAUGAUAUCUUAA